UCAUUUUUCGGACAACUGUCCCCAACUGGUUAUAAAUCACUGUUAUUGUUAUUUUCUCUCAUCACUAUGUCAAUCAUAUACAACGCAUAUAAUUCGUAUCAAGUUUUCAUUAACACAUUUAAACAUAAUAUAUUUAAAAUAAAAAAUGAAAAUGAAAAACCUAUUAAUGAUGUUAAUACACAAUUGAUUGAGCAUACACAAACAGCUGAACCAUGUCGUUCAUGUACAGAUUUUCGGACAUUCAGUCGUAUUAGACGUCAAGAAUUUAGUCAAACGCAGGUUCAACCUGUAUCAUCUACAAAUAAUGUAAAUGAAACUAAAAGACUUGAGAACCAACGAGAAGAUUGUCCUUUGGAUAAAGAUGAAUUGGGCCGUAGCACAUGGAAAUUACUUCAUACAAUAGCAGCUACAUACUCAGAUGAACCAUCAACAGAAGAACAGUCUAACAUUCAACAAUUUAUUAGAUUAUUACCAAAAGUGUACCCUUGUGAAAUUUGUGCCAAUGAUUUUGCUGAAAUAUUAAUGUAUCAUCCACCAGAUAUCAGCUCUCAAAAAUCAUUUGCACGUUGGAUGUGUGAAGUACACAACAUGAUAAAUCGAAAGUUAGAAAAGCCACUGUUUGACUGUUCUAAAGUAAAUGAACGAUGGCGAGAUGGUUGGGCAGAUGGGCAUUGUGAUUAAUAUUUUUUUUUUAGUUAGCUAUUACAAAAGUUAACAGUUUUGUUAUGCAAUGUAUUUUUGAAAAAAUAAAAUUUAUUUAAAAUUUUUA